AUGUCAUUCAGAAAAUUGAAGCCUCAUUGUGCUGGAUGUUCAGAUGCAACUUCUGCUUCAGCAGAGAAGAAAAAGGGAUCACCAUACCAACAAGAUGACAGUCCUCAAUGUGGCAAAAGAGUGAGGUAUACAGACCUUCCGGAGGAAAUUUGGCAGCAUAUACAUUCUCUUAUGCCAUUGCGAGAUGCUGCCCGUGCUGCUAUUGUGUCUCAUGCCUUUCUACAUUCCUGGAGGCAUCGUCCCAAUCUUACCUUUAGCUUCCGAACAGUCUGCUCAAUUAAUUGUGCAACGGAUUUCACCAAAACUGUUGAUCACAUUAUGAGAAAACACUCGGGCAUUGGCGUGAAGGCACUCACAAUUGACUUGGAUCCUUUCUACAAUACGAAAUCCAGUAGUUAUCUUGAUAGCUGGCUUCAGAUUGCUGUUACACCGAGGAUCCAAGAGCUCACACUUGUGUUGGCUCGAUUCACUGAACCCAUCGCAAAAUCAUAUUACAACUUUCCAUGCUCACUUUUAUCUGAUGGGAGUGGAAGCUUGAUUCAGCUUCUUCAUCUUUGCUGCUGUACGUUCCGUCCCACGGCUAAACUUGGUUGCUUUGGAAGCCUAAAAAGGCUGCACUUGAUUUCUGUGCAUAUAUCGGGGGAUGAGCUUGGAUGUCUUCUUUCCGGUUCUGUUGCUUUGGAGCAGUUGAGACUAAAGCAUUGCCAUGAGAUAAUAUACGUGAAAGUACCUUUCCUGCUGCAGCAGCUCAGCUACAUUGAGGUGUAUGAUUGCCGCCAGUUGCAAGUAAUAGAGAGCAAAGCUCCAAAUGUUCGCAGUUUGCGCUUUACAAAUGAACAGCUUCCAUCCAUUUCACCAAACCUGGAAACUGCUACCAUUGUCUCAUCUGGUGAGAUGGUCAAUGAAUGUACUAUACCUAGCAAAUUCCUCCACCUCAAGUACUUGCACAUUGCUCUUUCUGGAAUAAAUAUUUUUCCGUCGUAUGAUUACUUCUCUCUGGUAUCCUUUCUUGAUGCUGCUCCUUCCUUGGAGACCUUCAUCCUAGAUGUGACGUCGAGGCACACGGAGAAUGACUCAAUUUUUGUAGAAUCCUUACAUCUAAGGCAGAUGCCAGAACACCGUCAUGACAACCUUCGGAAUGUGAAGAUCACUUGUUUCCGCUCUGCAAAGAGCUUGGUUGAGCUAACAUGUCAUAUUCUCAAGAAUACGUCUGUUGAGUGCCUUACAUUGGACACCACAUGUGGUUUAUAUACGUGUUCUACCAGCACAAUUGGCAAAUGCUUUCCCAUGACAAAGGAUGCUCUCGUGGAAGCCCCUAAAGCACUUUUUGCUAUAGCAACAUACAUAGAAGGAAAGGUCCCCUCUGCAGUUAAACUAAAUAUUGUGCCACCUUGUAGCCGUUGCCAUGCUAUUGAAUUUUAG